AUGACAGAGUCGCAAAAGACAGGUCUCCUCGACCUCGAGAAGGAGUUGACGUGCUCGAUAUGCACAGAAGUUCUCUACCAGCCAUUGACACUCCUUGAUUGCCUUCACACCUUUUGCGGUUCUUGUUUGAAAGAAUGGUUCAGCUGGCAGUCCAUACACGACUCGAAUCGUAUACCUUAUACGUGUCCAUCAUGUCGCGCUUCCGUGCGUGGAACACGGCCAAAUGCCACAGUUACAACCCUUUUGGAUAUGUUUCUCCAGGCGCAUCCGGGGAGGGGUAAGACGACAGAAGAAAAGCAGGAUAUUGCCAAAAAUUACAAGCCCGGAGAAAAUGUCCUCCCUAAGCUAUCUGCGCCGCAAAGAGAUAGCAGUGAAGAUGAAGACGAGGAAGAAGACCGGAGACUUGUUGAGGAGGUUCGAGAGCUGAGCCUCCGGGACAUUGGAAUAAGCACAUCAAGUACUCCGGAGAGGAGAAGGCACCGAGAAAGAAGGCAUAGAGAAGGUGAUCAUGCGGAAAGGACACAACGCAGUCGAAAUCAACGGCAACAUCGAGAGCAGUCACCAAGGCGUCGGAAUGAUCAGCUUUUGUCACCGCAGCGACAAGAUCACUCGAGAUCUUCCGAUGCUUCCCGGUCCCGUUCACAUUCUCGCCGCGUGGAACAUCAGUCAAGUCUACGGUCACUACUCAGUAAUUCGGACAUUGACUCGUCCGAGAUUCGAGAAGAGAUCAUGCGUCAAAUAUUAGAGGAGGGACUUCUAGAUGGCAUCGACCUGAACAAUCUGGACGUAUCGCAAGAGGACGCCAUUAGUGAGCAGAUUGCUGAGGCAUAUCGGAGAAGGCACCGUGGACGACAGAGCACAAGGGCCGAACAGAGCCGAGAAUCUCCAAGGACAGAACCUCGUGUACAGACGCCGCGUGAGGAAGAGCCGAGAAGGAGGCAGCGCAGGAGGUCGCAAAGCGCUGCUGCUCAGCCGACCCGUGCUUCGGAAACGCCUCCUUCCCAAGCAUACCUACAGGCCAUUCCCCCAGGUGAAUCUGAAUAUCGACAAAGGGCCUCGAGUGAUACUCGACGCCGGCAGACAUCCCCUUUGCCAACAUCCAGCAGAGCUAGGUCCGACACUCGAGCACGCGUGGGACGCUCAUCCACCGAUCUCUCGAACAACCCGCGCUCUUCUACCUCCACUCAUCUUUCAGCAAGUCAAGCCAAUGCCUCUCAAUCCACUCCAGCGUCCCGGCCAUCUUCAUCUGCAUCUGCAUCGAUGAGCAGUCGGCCAGCGCUUUUCAACGAGCCGCGAAUAUUCUGCGACAAAUGCGGGCAAGCGCACAUCGAGUAUGAACUACAUUACCAUUGUUCCUUGUGUAAAGACGACGACUUUGAUAUUUGCCUCCGUUGCUAUCGCCUUGGCAAGGGUUGUCAUCAUUAUUUUGGAUUUGGACGGGCUGCCUGGGAUAAAUUUGAGAGACUGGCCCCUCCAGGGGGAUACCCUCCUCACACAGCACUGCCCCAUGUCCUUGCCGGAAGACGGUAUGCUCAUCCUAAGCGUGACCUUGUCAAGUCGCCAGCUGGCGAAGACCUCUGGCGGACUUCCGAAGACCCCUCGAAACGGCUCGUGCGAGGUGUGUUCUGCUCUAUAUGCUCCGCCCACGCGAACGAUGUUUACUGGAAAUGCGACGAUUGUAACGAUGGCGAAUGGGGCUACUGCAAUGAUUGCAUCAAACGAAACCGCUGUUGCACGCAUCCGCUCCGACCACUCAAAUACCGUCUCACUCUCAUAGAUGGCAAAGACGUACCUCCAAACACUGGCCCCUUCAACUUCCAAAAGCCACUCACAACAGUCGGCUCUUUGUAUUACCCUGCAUCACCAAACCAAGCUGGCGCUAAAAACAUCGUCACCCUCCACCCACCUAGCACUUUUGCUAUUCCUUUUGACCCAAAUCGGUUUGAACAGCUCACAAAUAGCACCAAGUGCGAUAUCUGUCACUACCCUAUUCCACCGUCCAACACCCGCUUCACAUGUCCGCAAUGCAACGAGGGCGACUACGACAUUUGCACAAACUGCUACCUCGGCCUUGUUUCCACUGGCCGAAUCAGUCCCGAAAACGGACACCAGGGAUGGCGCCGCUGCCUCCAUGGUCAUCGCAUGCUAGUGGUCGGAUUUGAAGACCGCGAUGGUGGCCCCAGACGCGUCAUCGUGCACGACAUCGUCGGUGGUCUUGCCCUACGGGACGAAGAAAUCGAUGCAGCAAUGGCAAGCGUCGGUUUUACUGGAAACCCCUCCGCUGGAAUGACAGGACCAAUCGAAUCAGCAGCACCCACCUCGUCUCCUCGUCCAGGAACAUCCGGUACUCCUACAACAGCAACAACUUCCACAACCGCAAGUUGGGUUUGGCAAGACCAACCGGGCGGCGCCAGAUCCUCGCGUACUGUCACGAAAUCGUUCCCCUUUGCCUUGAGCCAGGGCGGCACCGGCAGAGCCAGCGGCGGUGGGCUCGUUAGUAGUGCCGGUGGUAAUGGGGCGGCGGCGCUUGCUCCGGAUAAUGGCGCCUCGUUUGUUCCACCCACUCGAUACCCUCCUGACGGCGGCGUCGGGCUCCGCGUUCGUGCUCUCUGGGGUUAUUUCCCCGCCGACGGCGUCACGGAUGAGCUCAUGUUCCCCAAGAAUGGGGAGAUUCGCGAAGUAGAAGACAUUAACGGAGAUUGGUACUGGGGCAGAUAUGCUGGUGCCAAAGGCCUCUUCCCAGGCGGCUAUGUGAAGAUUUUGGAGAUUGUGACUUAA